AUGCCACGUCGUCUGGUAGACAACACAAUUUUAAUUGAAAUACCAAUACUGUGGCGCAGCGGGCGGGGGGCCAACUGGCGCGGGUGGGGGCCAACUGGCGCGCGGGGCGGGGCCAACUGCGCGCGGGGCGGGGGCCAACUGCGCGCGGGCGGGGGGCCAACUGGCGCGCGGGGCGGGGCCAACUGGCGGGGCGGGGCCAACUGGCGCGCGGGCGGGGGCCAACUGGCGCGGGCGGGGGGCCAACCGGCGCGCGGGGCGGGGGCCAACCGGCGCGCGGGCGGGGGCCAACUGGCGCGCCAGGGAGCCAACCGGCGCGCGCGGGCGGAGCCAACUGACGCGCGGGGCGGGGCCAACUGCGCGCGGGCGGGGCCAACUGGCGCGCGGGGCGGGGGGCCAGUUUCGCAACGGGGCCAAACUGGUGUGCCGGGUGGGGGGCUAACUGGUAUGCGGAGAAGGGCCAACUGGUGCGCUGGUGAAGCAACUGCGCGGGCGGGGCCAACUGGCGCGCGGGCGGGGGCCAACUGGCGCGCGGGCGGGCAACUGGCGCUUGGCGGGGGCCAACUGGCGCGCGGCGGGGGCCAACUGGCGCGCGGUAACCGGUGCGCGGGGCCAACUGGCGCGCGGGAGGCCAACUGGCGCGCAGGCGGGGCCAACUGGCGCGCAGGGGCCACAACCCAGCGCGCUGGCGAAACAAACUGGCGCGCGGGCGGGGCCAACUGGCGCGCGGGGGCACGGCUUGCAGCGUGUGCCAAACUGGUGCGCCUGGUGGGGGCCAACUGGCAGCGGAAGGCCAACUAA